UCCUUCUUUCUUUCAAGAACUACACCUUCAUUCUUCAUGGGUGCCAUUGAAACCCAAAUCCCAGAAGAGGAGUCAUUUGACUACUCCCAGAGGGCACAGUGGCUGAGGGCCGCCGUGCUGGGAGCCAACGACGGGCUGGUUUCCACGGCGUCGCUAAUGAUGGGCGUCGGAGCCGUCAAAAAAGAAGCCACCGCCAUGAUCCUCACCGGAUUUGCAGGCCUGUUUGCAGGCUCUUGCAGCAUGGCGAUAGGGGAGUUUGUCUCCGUCUACUCUCAACGAGACAUACAACUAUCCCAAAUGAAGAGAGGAGGGAACGACGACGAGAAAGAGAGACUGCCCAAUCCAUUGCAGGCGGCCAUGGCGUCCGCCCUAGCAUUUGCUUUAGGUGCGGUUGUGCCGUUGCUUGCUGCCGCCUUCAUAGCGGACCACAAGGUGAGAGUUGCGGUGGUGGCUUCUGCGGUGAGCUUAGCGCUUUUGGUGUUUGGAGGGGUGGGUGCGGUUUUGGGGAAGACUCCAAAGUUGAAGUCUUGUGUGAGGGUGGUUAUUGGAGGGUGGAUGGCCAUGGCUAUCACCUUUGGGCUCACCAAACUCAUGGGCUCUAGUGGAAUGGAGAUGUGAUGAUUAUUGUAUCUUGGUUUUAUGCAUGCAUGCCCUUUAUCUUUUUCUAUGUGUUUUCGAAAAAGAUUCAACCCUAACUCCGAGGGUCUCAUUUGUCUUCUGGUUGAAAAUGUGUAGUCGAAAUGUGUCAAUAGUGUAUAAGUUCUAGACCCUACUACUUUAUGUUAGUUUGGCAACUGUGAAUUGUGUGUAUGUGCUAAUAAAAUAUAGGAUGCUUAAUAUGACAUGCAUCCAAGUGACUUUCAUAUCUA